AUGAAAUACGGGAAACAAUUUGAGCAGCUAAAUGAAGAAUUCCCAGAGGAGUGGCAGGAGAACAGCAUCGAGUAUAAGCACCUUAAAAAGCUUCUAACGGAUGUCGUCGAGGAGCUUAACAUGAUCGGAUUGAAUAAAUCGAAGUUGCUCGAUUUGCUUUUGAGGAAAACGGAAGAUACCCACAUCGAAUAUGUCCUUGACGGGCCAUUGAAUCAGCCACAGCCUCGACUUAUUGUACAGUUCAAUGAUAAUGAUAGCAGGGAGGAGUGGUUGAGUCUCUACAACCUUCAGAAGGGCUCUUCCGGUUUAGAUGCCGUCACCGCGAGUACGUCAAGUACCUCAAACAAGGACCUUGAUAAGCAGCAUCAGGACAAUAUGGAAGAAAUAUUCACAGAUGGCACAGAUCCAUCCAACAAAGAAAUUCACAUACCCCUCAACGCGGAUGCAAAGUUCUUGGGCGCACUCACAGCUGCAUUCGAUAAGCUCGAGGCGCUGCAAAUGGUUGAAAAGAAGAAGUUCGCCACGCAGGUAGAGACGCUAUGUAAUGCCAUAACAGGUGUAACAGGACCGAGUGCGGUAAAUCAUUCGACAUUCGGUUUGCACAAGAAGAAGACGAAUGAUUUAUACGCGUGGCGGGAGAUUUUCACGCUCUGGGUGGAAUCUGCAAUAUAUGAAGGUAUAACUGAGUCUAGUCGGGGUGAAAGGGAUGUAGAGAGUGCGGAGAUACGUCUGAAUGCAUUCGCUGCUGAGGUCGUCAAGCGUGGACUAGGUGAUAGUCGGACUAUGAAGUCAAAGCGAUCACGGCAGGCUCUUGAUCAGUUCUUGGAACUGAAUAUGGCUUUGCUCGAGAUUAAAAAGUUCUAUACUGCGAAUCUUGAAGCAGCGCGGAAAAUACUCAAGAAACACAUGAAAAUGACAGCACUGCCUACGGAUUCUUUCUACUCUUUCGCUGGUGUCGAAGGGAGCGCGUUGCAGUCUGCAACUAGUUCCAAGAACUCUAACUUCGGUUGGACAUUCUACACUAUCAGCUUGCCUAGAGUACUUCUUGCGAGGCUGACGGAGACAUUGAUACCAAUAAUCCCGUCUAUAGACGAUUACAAUUGUUUAAUAUGCCAAGAGAUUGCGUUUAAGCCAAUUAGGUUAAACUGCACUCAUAUAUUCUGCGUUAGAUGCCUCGUCAAGAUGCAAAAGCGCGGCCAGUCAGAUUGCCCAUUGUGUAGGGCACCUGUAGUGAUGUCAGCGAAUAGAAAUAAUCUCGAUCAAGCCCUCGUUGGUUUCAUGGAGCUGUAUUUUCCAAAGGAAGUCCGCGCGAAAGCGAAAGCGAACGACAAAGAAGCCCAGAAGGAGCACAUGGAGGAGAAUGGGAUAGAAGAUAUUGUCAGAAUACGCUCAGCUGAAGGAACAUUCAGAUUCGAUUUGAGUGGAGAUGAUUCGAUCGAAUUGCUGGGAGAUAGAAUUAUAGAGAGUGCACCUACACUCGAUAAGCACACGCUAUCGCUCUCAAAUGAGCCUAGGGGUGGUGAGACUCAGCUGUCGUCACUCUCAAAGAGGAAGUUAUCCGAUUUGGGUAUAAAGCACGGUGAUCUUCUUUUCGCCUCCUCUGCAAAAGUGCCAGAGCCAGCGCAAUCCUCUAGCACUGCUUCUGGUACUACUUCUAGCCUUCCCGCUAGACCGUGGCAACUCGUAAAAGACCAUCCAAUCGACGCGCAUUGGUUUAGGCAGUCUGGUAAGAUACCUCGCCAGACGUCGUCUUCUUCGAGGGAAGGUAAUCUAAACACACUUCCAAUCGAGCCUUACGACAAAGAAUACCAAGCUCAGCAGAACAUAAAGCACUUAUCAUUUCACGCAUACCUUCGUAAACUCAAAGAUAGUAAUCCACCAACCUCCUCUGUCGCGCAGCUACCACCUUUAGAAGAAUUGGACUUUAAAUUUAAGCAGUGGGUUCCUAACGCUAUCACUCUCCAAGUCCAGGAAUACAGAAUGCUCGAUCAUGUCGAAUUUUCCUCUCCUGGUUUGGUUGAAGGAUUGCUGAACUUCUGGCGCGCUUCUGGUUUGCAGAGAUUUGGUAUUCUGCUCGGUAGAUAUGCACCAUAUGAAGCUGUGCCUAUGGGUAUUAAGGCCGUCGUCGAAGCGGUGCAUGAGAUCCCACAAGAAGGUGAAGUCGACGGUAUGACUCUCGGCUUACCAUGGGAAGAUCAAGAGAGGGUCGUUGAAUUGGCGCAGAAUGCUGGAUUAGAGGUACUCGGUAUGAUAUACUCCGAUCUCUCCCAACCACCGGGCACUCAGUCACCACUAUUCAAGCGCCACAAAGACAGUUUCUUUUUAUCUUCAUUGGAGUUGUGUUUCGCGGGACACUUACAGAAUCAACACAAGUUACAAACAACACAAUCCAAGAGUGGUAGAUUCAACUCAAGAUUUAUCACUUGCGUGCUCAGUGGCACGCAGAAUGGCGGUAUUGAUAUAUCUGCAUUCCAAAUCUCUGAUCAAGGAAUGGCACUCAUCGAUGCAGAUAUCGUCGAACCAUCCGUCGAGCCAUCAACGCUGCGUAUGAAAGAGUCUAAACCGGGAAAGUACAUUCCCGAUGUGUUUUACCGCUACAAAAAUGAGUACGGAAUAGAUGUUAAAAAGAACGCUAAACCGUGCUUCCCUGUGGAAUAUCUGCUUGUUAAUCUCACACACGGUUUCCCUAACCAGUCCAACCCGGUGUUUAAGAGCAGCGUAUUUCCAAUAGAAAACAGACAAGGUUUCCAGGAUCAGUCUGUCAGCAAGCUUAUCUCGACUUUCUUGCCAGUUGUUUCUGAGAGUACUGGAUUGGGUUUCCAUAAUUCGGAUGAUGUUGACCUUGAAAGUGUCACUAAUGAAAAGAAGGAGGCGCUUUGUGAUAUACUCAAUGAUUGGCAUCUGAUUGCUUUCUUGGAGCCAUCUGGAAUGUUCAGUGCGGAUGAAUCUAGAUUGGCAUUGAAGGUUGGUAUCAAUAGGGAUGAAAGAGAUUUGGAGAAAUUGUUGAAGAGCAGCAGCUGGCUGAAUCUUAUGGCCAUUGCUCGUGAGCAGGCUAGUACACAAGCUGCGAAUGCACAAAGUUUAAAUGAGGCUGAAGAUAUUCCUCAUGACGUUCUUGCAGCUUCUGAACAGACGGCUAGACAGGAAAGAGAGCAAAGAGAGCAAGAACAAAGAGAAGUCGACGUCUCACCUUCAGACAGAGAGGCAAUUGAGAAUCUCUGUUCAUUUGGUGGAUUUGACUUUGAACAAGCCAAGCAAUGCUAUCUUGCUUGUGAGAAAAAUACGGAAAUGGCGGCUAAUUUGUUGUUUGAAAGUAUGUGA